GCGCCUCACUUCCGGCCUCCAUGCCUCGCUUCCGGCUGGCCUCUCCUUCCUUCUGCUUCUCUAUGGCUCGCGGGCCGCAGUCGUUCCUGCCGGCGGAAGUGGCUCGCUUUCCCGGGCAGGUUCUGGGCGCCGUGCGGUGUUCAGCAUUAAGAUCACCCGUGUGCCAUCUAAGGCCAGAUCAUCUUCAUCAGCUUCCCCAGUGGAGUGCCUCCUGUGUUACUGUCCACAACGACCCCUGAGGUCUCUGCUGUUUCCUCCUGACCUCAUCAAACAACCAUGUCAUCAGAAUCAAGCAAAAAACGGAAGCCCAAAGUGAUCCGAAGUGAUGGAGCCCCAGCUGAAGGGAAGCGUAAUCGUUCUGACACUGAGCAGGUCAAGCCUGGAAUUCUCGUGGCUCUACAGAACUUGAGUAUCCACGUCAGAUUUAGCUUCAGCAUCCCAAGAAGCAACAAGCCUGUAAUAGACAUGAUUAAUGCAUGAACAGAGAAUGCACUCUAGUAUGGCGUGUCUCCAGUUUUCCUGAUGGUCAGAAGAAGGCAGUCCAUCUGCAGACGCCUCUGGAGCUUUGGCGACGUGGCAUCCCUGGUCUGCUGCAGAGACAGUGUCAGAACCAUAUGCCCGCAGAACAUCUGUAGCCUGAGAGCCCACAUGGAAGGUAAAUACUACAGUGAGGAGGCUGAGGUGGACCUGCGGGACCCAGGCAGAGACUAUGAGCUGUACAAGUACACAUGCCAGGAGCUGCAGAGGCUCAUGGCCGAGAUCCAGGACCUGAAGAGCCGGGGAGGCAAGGAUGUGGCAGUUGAGAUAGAAGAUCGGAGAAUCCAGAGCUGUGUGCAUUUCAUGACUCUGAAGAAGCUUAACCGAUUAGCCCACAUCAGGUUGAAGAAAGGAAGAGAUCAAACCCAUGAGGCCAAGCAGAAAGUAGACGCGUAUCACCUGCAGCUCCAGAACCUGUUGUAUGAGGUGAUGCACCUGCAGAAGGAGAUCACCAAAUGUCUGGAGUUUAAGUCAAAGCACGAAGAAAUUGAUCUGGUCAGUUUAGAGGAGUUUUAUAAGGAGGCUCCUCCAGAUAUCAGCAAGGCUGAAGUCACCAUGGGAGACCCUCACCAGCAAACCCUCGCACGUCUGGACUGGGAACUGGAGCAGCGGAAAAGGCUGGCGGAGAAGUACCGAGAGUGCCUGUCCAACAAGGAGAAGAUCCUCAAGGAGAUCGAGGUGAAGAAGGAGUACCUGAGCAGCCUCCAGCCUCGUCUCAACAGCAUCAUGCAGGCUUCCCUCCCAGUGCAGGAGUACCUGUUUAUGCCAUUCGACCAGGCUCACAAGCAAUAUGAGACAGCCAGACACCUGCCGCCUCCCCUCUAUGUCCUCUUUGUCCAGGCUACUGCAUAUGGUCAGGCUUGUGCUCAUAUGAAAUCCUCCCAGCCCCCUAGACAGGAUAAGACGUUGUCCGUGGCGAUCGAAGGCAGUGUGGAUGAAGCCAAGGCUCUGUUUAAGCCUCCCGAGGACUCUCAAGAUGACGAGAGCGACUCAGAUGCUGAGGAGGAGCAGACCACGAAACGCCGGCGACCCACGCUUGGAGUUCAGUUGGAUGACAAGCGCAAAGAGAUGCUGAAGAGGCACCCACUGUCCGUUAUGCUGGACCUGAAGUGCAAAGAUGACAGUGUGCUUCACCUGACUUUCUACUACCUCAUGAACCUCAACAUCAUGACGGUCAAAGCCAAAGUGACGACUGCCACGGAGCUGAUCACCCCCAUCAGUGCAGGUGACUUGUUGUCUCCUGACUCAGUCCUGAGCUGUUUGUAUCCUGGGGAUCAUGGAAAGAAGACUCCAAAUCCAGCCAAUCAGUAUCAGUUUGACAAAGUUGGCAUCCUGACUUUGAGAGACUACGUACUUGACCUAGGUCACCCCUAUUUGUGGGUACAGAAGCUCGGUGGCCUCCACUUCCCCAAAGAACAGCCCCAGCACACGGUGAUUGCUGACCACUCACUGAGCGCCAGCCACAUGGAGACCACCAUGAAACUGCUGAAGACCAGGGUUCAGUCUCGCCUGGCCCUCCACAAACAAUUUGCGUCCCUGGAACAUGGCAUUGUGCCAGUUACCAGCGAUUGCCAGUACCUUUUCCCUGCAAAGGUUGUCUCUCGCCUGGUGAAGUGGGUGACGAUUGCCCAUGAGGAUUACAUGGAGCUGCAUUUCACCAAAGACAUUGUGGAGGCGGGACUGGCUGGAGACACCAAUCUCUACUACAUGGCUCUCGUGGAAAGAGGCACAGCCAAACUCCAGGCUGCUGUGGUGCUGAAUCCUGGCUACUCCUCCAUCCCACCCAUCUUCCAGCUCUGUCUCAACUGGAAAGGGGAGAAAACCAACAGCAACGAUGACAAUAUUCGGGCCAUGGAGAGCGAGGUCAACGUGUGCUACAAGGAGCUGUGUGGCCCCCGGCCCAGCCAUCAGCUCUUGACCAACCAGCUGCAGCGCCUGUGUGUACUGCUGGACGUCUACCUGGAGACGGAGAGCCACGAUGACAGCGUGGAGGGGCCCAAGGAGUUUCCCCAGGAGAAGAUGUGUCUGCGGCUUUUCAGGGGUCCCAGCAGGAUGAAGCCCUUUAAAUAUAACCAUCCUCAAGGAUUCUUCAGCCAUCGCUGACCUCCCGCUCAGCCUGUUGUUUCCCCCUAGGCCCCAAGUGCUGUGCCUCUGCUGUCUGCUCUGGCCCACACGUGGCUCUUGAUAGUCUCCAAAGACAGGUGUUUUACUUUGAGCCUAUUAAAGUGCUGCCUGACCAAG